AUGUUUGCUAAGCUUUUGACAUUGGCUCUUGCCGCUACGGCAUAUGCUUUGCCAGCAACCUCCGCCCCCGCCGUUACUCCCGACCCAAGCCAAGUCUCUAUUGCAGGAAUCACCUAUGGUGGAACCGGUUGCCCCCAAGGCUCAGUUGGCUCUUACAUUUCCGGUGAUCGCCAAACCUUCACCUUGAUCUUUGAUAGAUAUGUCGCAUCCCUCGGGCCUGGUGUAGCUAUCACCGAGAACCGCAAGAAUUGCCAGCUUAACAUCAACCUGAAGUAUCCCGGUGGCUUCCAAUACAGCGUUUUCAACACUGUCUACAGAGGUUAUAUUGGUAUUGAUGCUGGUGUCAGCGGGGUGCAAUCUACAACAUUCUACUUCUCUGGAGGCACGUAUCCCACGAGCUCCCAAACAACAACCUCCACCACCUUCAAGGGCCCUCUUGAUGGCAACUAUGAGGUUUCUGACAAUGCUGAUCUCACCUCCACUGUCUGGUCUCCUUGCGGCGCAUCCGUUGGACUCAACCUCAACUCUCAGGUCCGCCUAACUUCCAGCAGCGGCACCGCAACCGGUCAAAUCACCAGCGAUUCCAUCGACGGCCACCUUACAUUCGUUGUUGGUGUUAAGUGGCAGAAGUGUUAA